AUGUCGAACGACCUCCAGUGGCUCCUCCUCCGCAAAAACAACUCCUUCAUAGUGAAGCGAGUUGUUGAGGGCCCAGUCUUCUCCAGGGAGCCCGGAAACCUCCUGAACCUCCAUUCCCACAAGUAUUCUGGGUUGUCCAACUCCAAGACCAUCGACAUCUCUGAGAAGGGCGGCAAUAUCACCGUUACCACACGCAAGGUCAAGGCUAGCCCUCAUCAAGUCAAGUCCGCCUUUGCCAAACACCCCGUCCGCCCCCGGUCUGGUGCCCGUCGCGCACUCGGAGUUGCUGCUGCACCCGCCAAGCGAGGCUACAGGCCUGACCUUCGCAGGGCUGCUCUCGCCCGCAUCUCCGCUCUCGUUACUUCGCAAACAGCAGGUUCGAAGCCCGACCUGCCAAAGAAAGUUCGGGGAAAGAAGGCUACUCACUUCCUUGGAUGA